AUGGUUUCUCAACGGCUGAAAAGCUAUCUGCAUAGCUUUAAUCUAUUUCAAGAUCCCAAUGUGAUUAACAACCGUCAUCAACUUCGAAAUCAAAUAAUCUCAACUCGAAUCUUCAUUCUUUUCUUUUCAAUUAUUUUAUUCAGUGUUUUGAUCUAUUUGCUAGCAGAUGAUUUUACUAAUUCUAUUACAGUUGAAACACGAAGUCUGUCACAAUAUGAAAAACUUAAAACUCAAUUCAAAGAUACUCUGCAAUGUCCAUGCUCGAAUCUUUCAAUUCCUUAUCAAGCAUUUAUUUCACUUCAAGCUAAUAUGCACAACGUGUGUUCUCUUGAUUUAAACCCACUGAUCGAUAUUUUGUUUCAAUUUACUGAAACAUUAACGAAUAAUUACGAUUUUCGUUUUACUGCUGCUCUUCAAUUUCGUCUUCUGAUUCUUCUGUGCUCAUCUGUCAAUCAAAUAAUCAUAGCGAAUCUAAUCGAUUUCAAUGCUACUAUGUUCAAUAAUGCUUUUAUAAUUGAAGAAAUAUUGUUGCAAGAGAAAGCUAAAGAAUUUAUUGAUGAAUUUAUUCAAAGCAUCACAAGUCAAUUUAUCAACUCAUUACAAAUGAUUCGUAUCACUAACUUUGGCAGUCAGUUCAUGUCAGGCGUUCGAUCGAACUAUGUAAUUAACAGUAGCAAAAGUGAAGGUGAAAGUUGGUAUUUGCAUAUUUUUUCGGCAUUUUCUCAAAUAUAUAGUGACAAUUGCAAUUGUUCCACAUCAUUCUCAUGCAAUGCACCGUCUAAAAUCUAUGAAGAUAAUGGAACGUAUGAUGUUGUUGGCUUUCAAACAGGUUGCUUUGUUCUUGAAUCACUUUUGGCUUCUUCACUCGAAUGUUUCUACAAUUCUUUAUGUAUUAAUCAAUUACAUCAAUAUAUUCCAUUUAAUACAACUAUUUUUUUACCAUCUUCAAUUACAUUUAACAAAACAGAUACGAUUGAAACAUUACUAAGAGCAUUGAUGGUCGACGAGUGGGCAGUUGCAGUAAAUUAUACAUCCUAUUUCGAAGCUUGUCGAAUUCAGACAUGUUCUUACUCAUUCGUUGGGCGCCAUCCUUUGCUGUUUAUUGCUACAACAAUACUGGGUCUUAUUGGUGGUCUUACUAAAAUACUUCAAAUUAUUGUUCCAAUGUUUGUCGGUUUUAUUAGAAGAAAGAAACAGGUUUCCGAUGCUUCAACUACAAUACCUCGUAUUCUAAAUGCAACACAAAAUAGUUCAUACACAGUGAAUACAACAUUCGCUGAAAUGCUCACUCAUCUUAUGAUCGAAACAUGGGAGUAUCGACUUUUGCAUCGAGCUUAUUAUGAUGCUUGUCAACCAUUUUCAUGUACGUACUCAUACAUUGCUCGACGUGAAUUUGUUCACAUUUUGACAAUGAUAUUUGGUAUUAUCGGUGGUUUAAGCAAAGAUGAAAUUAACACCGGAACAUAG